GUUGGAUCAUGUCAUUAUUAUAUUUGGAAAUAAGCUACAGUGCAUUCUGGGUACGGGAACACAAAAAGUGAUGACGUAUUCCUCAUACGUUUCUGAAUAAGAUUAAUUUAUAGAUAAUGAAAGUAAAAGAUCUGAUUAGAGAUCUUCUCAACGUGGGAGAGAAAGGAGCCAAUGUUGCCAGAAUUAUUAGAUCAGAACACACCUUACUAGAACUUCUUGUUCAAGAGAAGAUUGGAGAGCAGAAAAAUGAACGAUUUGUACAGGACUUUAAAACCUUGGCUGAUGUGUUGGUUCAGCAAAUUGUUUUUCAUGACUUAAGUCAAAAGUUUCCAGGAAUUAAAGACAGUAUCUAUGGAGAAGAGAGUAACAAAUUUACUAAUGCACUAGGGGAAUCUAUCAACGUAGAAAUACUGUCUUCCCCAGCAGAAACAGCUGACCUACUUUGUAAAGUGUUGAAUGGGAAUGAACAGGCAGCCAACUUGUUGGCCAAAGUUGUGCAUGAAGAUAUAUCAUAUAAUCCAGAGGAAAAAAUAGAUAAAAUGGAAGACUUGGAAAUAAAGGAGGAUGACAUAGGAAUAUGGAUUGACCCAAUAGAUUCGACAGCCCAGUACAUUGGAGGGGAAGUUGGGAUCCCAAAUAACCAAGGAUUUGUAAGCCAUGGUUUACAGUGUGCCUGUGUUUUGAUUGGAGUAUACAGUAAACUGACAGGUCUGCCUACAGGAGGGAUAAUUAACCAACCAUUUUCCUCUCAGGACCCUCAAUCAGGAAGGUGGUUGAGCUCCUGCCAGUGGGGUUUGAACCUGGAAGGAUGUAUAAAGUCUUCUGUAACAGAUACACCAGAAAAGAUAACCAAUUCACACCAGAUUCUACUGACCAGUGCUAGUGACACAGUAGAGACAAAAGAUAAAUUCAGUCAAGUGUAUACAAUUCAUCAUGCAGCCGGAGCAGGAUACAAACUUCUCUGUGUCAUUCAGGGUCUUGCAGAUGCUUAUGUUUUGUCCAAAAAUAGUACUUUUAAAUGGGAUAUGUGUGCACCUCAUGCAAUUCUAUUGUCCCUUGGUGGAGGUGUAAUAAGUUAUAAAAGUUUAUGUGAACUUGCACAGAAUAACUUGUCAAGUAACAAAAAGUUUGGCGAUUGUCAGAUUACUUAUAUUAGGGAAGACAACUCUGAAAGUCUUGAUCCAAAAAAUUGGUGCAAUAGCGAUGGCGUUGUGGCCUACAGGUCAAUUGAAGCUUUACAAAGACUUAUUAGUGCAGUAAAAACCUGCUAGUCUAUUUGUUAUUGUAUUAAUGUCUUUAUCCUGCCCAUUUUUAUAUAUUAAAAGGUUUUGUAGAGCAAAACUUUAAAACCAACAAUUUUAUAUUUUCAAUAUGUUUUGUAGAAACGUGUACAUGUAUAUAGUCAAUUUAAGUCAGCAUCAUAGAAAAAAUGUAUCUUGUGACCAUGUGUUAUAAAAUGAUAAUCACAUUAAUUAAACUUAAUGAUUAAGUGGCUUUAAUAGAGUUUUAAAGCCUUUUUAUUUAAAUUAAUUUUCAACUGUGUUCAGUUCUCGACAUAAUUUAAGCAAGAUUAAAUCAUCUUACUUUGUUCAAGGAUGCAUUUAGUGCAAUAUGAAAUCCUCCCAUUAAUUAAAAAUAGGCCACUUUGACCUACAUUUUAUAUUAUUGACUAGUCAUUUGCAAAGUAGUAUAGUUUUUGAUAUUUUUCUAAAAUAUUACACAUCAAACAUUGUUUUUUUAUGCCCCACCUACGAUAGUAGAGGGGCAUUAUGUUUUCUUGUCUGUGCGUCCGUUCAUUCAUUCGUCCGUCCGUCCGUCUGUUUGUUCAUCCGUCUGUUACACUUCAGGUUAAAGUUUUGGGUCAAGGUAGUUUUUGAUGAAGUUGAAGUCCAAUCAACUUGAAACUUAGUAUACAUGUUCCCUUUGAUAAGAUCAUUCAAAUUUUUAUGCCAAAUUAGAGAAUUUAUUCCAAUUUCACGGUCCAGUAAACAUAGAAAAUGAUAGUGUGAGUGGGGCAUCCAUGUACUGUGGACACAUUCUUGUUUUAAUUGGCAAAAUAAAACAAUUACUAUAUAUAUUUAUAUUCAAUUCAAAACAAUGAACAUGGUUUUUACUGAUUAAAAUUUUAUUAUUCUUGCAAUUUUUUUGUCCUGAGUUUCCUGGUUGACCAAAAACAUUUAUAAACGCUAUAUUUUGAUUAUGCAUGAGCUUCAUAUUGCAUGACGAUGUCAAGAGUUAAAAUAUGUCUUUGAUAUAUUAUUAGUACUUUGUUUAAAAAAAAAGGAUUUUAUUAUUUCUGUUUUGUUUAUUAAUCACAUUUCCUUUUCAAUGUAUUUUGUGAACUUGAUAAUAUGAUACCUUAUUUUGGUAAAUGAUACAUGUUAUUUUACACUUAAAUGGCUUCACUUGAUCAAUUUUGUGUCAGAUCUAUUGUAUUGUAACUUCUGUUUUCCAUGUAUUUUAAACAAUCUAAAACAUAUUAUGUUCAUUAGCGGUUUAUGUUGAGUAUUCUCCUUGUUUAAAAUCUAGUCUUGAAAAGUAUUAUAUAUUUGAAAAUACUAAGAAAUGAUAAAAAGAUUGCAGCAUUAUUAUAUAUGUUUGUUUACACAUGAUCAUAAAAAAAAUUAUAUAUCUACUAUUUUUCAGCAAUAAUUAAAUUAUAUAAUUUCAUCAUGUAUAUGCAUUUAAUAGAUUUAUGCACUUGGUAAACAAUUGAAACGUCAUGCUUACUGAAAACCAAUGUACAGUAGUUGUUUCUGAACUUAAUAUGCUUAUUGACACCUCCGCAAACCGUUGCAGGGGACAUAGAAAUACCUGGGGUCCAUCCAUUUAUUGGUUGUCUGUCCAUUGUUAGCACUAUAACCUCCUUAACGAUUCUUGCUACAUUUUUUAUGAAAAUUAUAUCAUAGAUUUAUAUUACUUGGACAUUUUCUAAAAUCAAUGUUGAUCAAUUGAUUUUAAAAGAGUUAUGCCCCUUGGAAACAUUUAUUAAAAGGAAAAUUGCAUCAUUAGCGCUCUGGUGUGUUCAGUUCUUGUCAGAUUUUUAUGAAACUUACAUCCUAGGUUUGAAACAGCAAUGUCUUGUACAAGUUUAAAAAUCAGUGCUAAUCAAUUAUUUUUUAGAGUUAUGCCCCUUGGAAAUAUUGAUUACAUUAUAUGGAAAAUUGCAUUGUCAGCACUCAUAGUGUACAAUUAUUGCCAAAAUUUUAUGCAACUUAAAAAUCAAAGAUUUAUAUUGGCAACGUUUUGUGAGAAUUUCGAAAAAGAAGUACUGGUUAAAUUUUGUUAAUGGCUAUGCUCAUUAGAAAUUUUAUGUAUAAUGGAAAUCACUUUGCACUUUCUCUGGAGCCUUUAUACACCUAAGACUUUAAUAAAAAGCUUUAUAGAUUUAAAAAAAAAAAAAAAAAAAAAAGAGCCUUUGUACUUUGGGUAGACAAAAUAUGUAAAACAGGAAUAUCUGAAUUCUUCUUUUAUUAUCUUAUAACAGAUUGGUCAAAAUAUAUAAACAAAUGUAGCUAUUUGUGAGAGUAGUCAAUACUUAAGUCAAAUCUUUUACAGAAUAACGUUAAGAUAAGAAAAUUUAUUUUAAGUCAGGUUACAUGAAAUACUACAAACACAAGCUCUGUAGAGCUUUUUGCUGACAUAAUGUAUAAAAAUUCUUUAAAAGGACAUGGUCAAUGAUCAUAACUAGUACUUAGAAACAAAAGGGAACAAAACUGAACAAUUUGUGUAAUCAUGUUACUUUAUAUAUAUAUAUAUAUAUGUAUUCCCAAAACUUGUGCAUUAAUUAUGAUUUGUAAAAGUAAUUAUUUAUAAAUAAGCUUUCAAUGGAUAAUUUCCCUGGUUAUCUGGUGACUAAUUCACAGGGAUGAUACUUGGUCACUGUUGGUUCAAUCAUUUGUCAUAACAGCAAAGAAAAGUGCAAUAAAGAUGUUUUUAGUUGAGAAAAAAGGAAAAUAGUCAGUUGUUUUUUUCAUUUUUUUGUAUAUUAUGAAAAUAAGACAUAAAUGUCCUCAAUAAAUUUUCGGGACCUUUGUUUUUAAUAUUACCUUGAAAAUGUAAUAAAAACAAGUAGAGCUACAUUUUCAAUAACAAAACACUAGUAUAAAGUCAUCAAUUUACUAAUAAUCAUGUUUAUAGGAGUUAUUAUCCUGAAAUGAAAAAAUUUACAAGCUUGUGUUGUAAUUUACUGGAUAAGAUUUUAUAAUUGACUGGUGGCAAUUGAUGUCAUAUAAAUGCAGUAAAUAAUAUGAACAGUUCAACCAAUGUUUUUCUCUUUUUUAGAUAAAACUUUAAAUUGUAAUUUGCUAGGCAAAUUAAACAUUUGACAUGGAGUUGUCUUCCUUUGUUUAUGAUUGUGGGAUUGCAGUUCAACCUAUUUUAUAACAGAUUAAUACACCAUGCAUAACUUUUGUAACUUUUUAUAGAUUUUUAAUAAAACAAUGUUUUCUUGAUAAGAAUUGUAACUCAAAUACACUCCAUUUUGUAACUUAUAUAUCAAAUUAUAACAACAUAAAAAAAUUAGUUUGACUGAAUAGGAUCUUAAUAAUGAUCACUUCACUGUAAUAUUUUGUUUGAAUUAUCAAGGGUAGUGAUACACAUUGGGUGAUUUAGAUAUCAAGUCAGUGCAAAAAGGUUUUUGAUUGCAUUUUAUUCAAUCGUUUAUACCCAAACACAAAUUAUAUUGACAGCAUCAUGUUUCUUACUUUUAUCUGAAUAACCAUUUUGCUAGAAAGAAAUAGCAACCAGCAAACAAAUAAUGUAAAUCAUUUUUUACCGGAUUUUUGCUGGCACUGAUGUAAAACAUUAAUUUCUUUGACUGUUGUUUUACUUGAAAGCCCUUUAUAAAAGAUAUAUAUUUGAAAAUUGUUAUUUUAGUCAAGAAAAAAGUGAUUCCUAAUAUUUAGUAUGACAAAGAGGCUUACAAAAACAGCUUAAUUUGUGUUACCAAAAAUAUUUAAGGUUUAUAUAGUUUAUAUAGGAUGUUAUUUAUUGAAGAUCAAAUUUUACUUAUGUUCAUUUUUCCUUGAUAAUUUUAUAUUAUAUAUUGUAUAUCUGGUUGUUUCUGUUAAA